UACGCAACGUCUCUGACGUAUGUGUCGUGGCUACAGAGAGGAGGAGCUCGGAUUAAGUUUUGAUAAUCCUCUCUGUAAUGUAACGGUAACAUGAUUGAAAUUAGCACCUUUUGGUUGCUUUUUAUUUUUUUUGCUUAAUGCGUGCAGAUAUUAAGAUAGUUGAGACUCGGUUUUCUAACAACUGCCACCAGGAAUGAUGGCAUGCACGAAGAAAAGUAAAAAGAGGCUAGCUAGAUAAGUAGCUCGAAUUUGGCUAAGGUCGGCUAGCUGAGUGCUUAGCUAGCUGACAGUAAACAAACGCAAAUUGACUGACACGGUUGUUGCUUAACAAAUCCGGUUUAUUUACAUUUUUAUUACAUUUUUUGCACCGCUCGAUCAUGUUAGUGAAUCCCACCCGAGGAUACCACUGGUCAGACGCGGAGACGAGAGCACUGUUGACUAUUUGGGGAGAACACGACGUGCAAACGGCGCUGGACGGAAACUUCCGGAAUAGUCACGUUUACCGCGACGUGGCUGGCCGUCUCGGGGACAUGGGCUACGAUCGGACCCCGGAUCAGUGCCGGGUGCGGGUUAAGAGCCUGAAAAGGCAGUAUUUCCAGGCGAAAAAGGCCUCGAAGAAAAACGGCCACUAUGCCAAGAUCUUCAGGUUCUACAAAGACAUGGAGAGGAUCCUGAGCAGCAGGUCGGCAGCAGGCUUGGAUGCACAUGAUCUAGACGGCAUGGGUGCUGAAGGAGACGAGACCAUGGACGGCACUGAAGAAGAUGGAGAGAGUGUGGACCAGCCACACGAGUCAGACGUGGACGGUGCAGGAGAAUGCUCCAACAUGGAGUACCCUGUGAAAAUCGAGUAUCCACCUUACCCCAUCCCAGUGACUGUGGGCAGCUGCAGCAGUGUACCAGAUAUUCCAGCAAAGCAGACUGAAGAACAGACCACCACCAUGCCGUCCUCUGCAGGAAGCCGGCGGCACAAAAAGCGUUUUGCGAACCUGUCACUGGAGAAGCUAAUGGAGAAGUUUCUGGAACAGAGUUUGGAGGCAGAAGAGAACUUCUAUAGACUUGAGGAGCAGCGACUCCAAGCCGAAGAUCUCCGUAGGGAGACGGAACACACGCGAGAGAUGCACAUGUUGCAGAUGCUGGGCCAGAUGUUUGCUGGUCUCGCCACAUCCACGGGCACGUCGUCACCUGCUCCUCGGUCCACUCGUAACUCAAAGACCGGUUCUUCUGGAACUCAGGCACGUCCAUUUGGUGGCAGCCAUAGCCAUCAAACCUGCCAGGUCGAUUAUGCCAGCCCGAGUCCGCCAGCUGCUCCAGUUAUCGAGCGGACAUUUUCCUUGGGAGGGCUCGCACACAGAAGCAUGGACAUGCUGCCACUGGUUAAAAAUACAAUUCCUCCGCUGACAUCUAAAAAGCACAAGGGUCAAGAUGGUCGCGUUGGAGUCAUUGGAGGAUGUCAAGAGUACACUGGAGCACCUUACUUUGCUGCCAUUUCUGCACUGAAAAUAGGUGCAGAUCUUUCCCACGUUUUCUGCACCAAAGAUGCUGCCACUGUGAUUAAAUCUUAUAGCCCCGAGCUCAUAGUUCAUCCUGUGCUAGACAGUCCCAAUGCAGUGCAGGAAAUAGAGAAAUGGCUGCCGAGGCUCCAUAGUUUGGUGGUGGGGCCAGGCUUGGGCAGGGAGGACAAGCUUCUUAAUAAUGCAAAGGUGGUUAUUGAAAAGUCAAAAGCAAGAGGAAUUCCAAUAGUCAUUGAUGCAGAUGGACUUUGGUUAGUUUCCAAAGACCCAUCAGUCAUCCAAGGUUAUCAGAGAGGAAUCUUAACGCCCAACUUCAUGGAGUUCAGUCGUCUCUACGAGGCGAUGCACCAUCAGCCCUUGGACAGCACUGACCUCAGGGUAACUGCCCAGCAGCUGAGCAUCGCACUGGGUAAUGUGACUCUCGUUUUGAAAGGGGAGGAGGACAUCAUCACUGACGGCAACCAGGUGUUAACAUGCAGUCAGGAGGGAAGUGGGCGUCGCUGUGGAGGACAGGGAGAUCUGCUGUCUGGCUCUCUAGGAGUCUUCUCCCAUUGGGCUGUCAGUUCAUCACUAAAUGCAACUGAAGGUAUGAAUCCUACACUGGUGGCUGCUUACGGUGCUGCCUCACUGACCAGGCAGUGUAACAAUCAAGCCUUUCACAAGUACGGCCGUGCCACCACCACCUCUGACAUGAUCCCGGAGAUCUGUGUCGCCUUCAAGAAGCUGUUUGAAACCUGAACUACUUCAUCUGUACUCUGAGCAUUCGGCUUCCUUGCAGCCCUGUGCAGCCACGUCUGAUUUCUCUCCCUUAAGAAUGAAGGGAUGCACAGUUAAAAACGGACACCUGUACACACUGUUUCCUCGUAUGGAUUGUUUUGCAUAUACACUUUUUUUUUUUUAGUUUUUUUUUAGUCUCCACCACUGUCCACACCUGCCUGCUUUAUAUUUCUCAUCACUCUCUUCCUCAAAACAAACACCUGAGACUGAGCUAGUAGAGUCCAGUCUGAGUACACGGCUUUGUGGUGUGCUGCUUAGAAACAAACUUUUCAGAAAGUAUAUAGGUUUAACUGAGCCCCCGGCGACGCAGUCAGUUUUUCAUUGAACAUGAUUCAGUAAAAUUUACCUCGAACGUUUCUAGUUAUUCAACCUCAUUUACUGCAAAUAUGGGUGUUAUUGCAAGACUGAAAGUUGAUGGUGUACUUAAACGACCGAGUCAUUCACGAUUAUCAUCUAUCUGACUAAACGUAACUCUACCACAGUGCUGCUGAAUUCUCAAAUCUUAUUUCUGAGAUGGUUUCGAUUUACUUUUUAACAGAGGCUCUUAGUCAUUCAACUCCUGCAUUUAUAUUAACACGCUUAUUAUAAUACGGUAUCUUUUCUAGAGCAACUUGCACAGGAUGUUGUGCUGCGCACAAACGGAUUUUAAAAAGGUGUGAAAUUGUUGAUAUGGCGAAGUUUUCUGUGAGGAAAUGCUAAUUUAGCUUCUGUUUUUUUUUUUUUUUUGGAAGGAGUCUCCACUGUCGGUGCUUUGUAACAGUCAGAGGUAAAGCUGUUCCUUAAAGUUUUCAGACACAGGCAAGGCUUCACCUCGUAGGAUGUGUCAGGUUCUCUAAAACAUGACAAGCUGCAUAUUUUUGUCUUCAUUUCAGCUGAAAGAGAAAGUAUGACGUGUCCUCCUUUUAUAAAUAACAGAAUCGUUAGUGUCGGCAAGUUGCUGUGGUAUAAGUCGAAUAAAACACGUUGGGUCUUGCUGUUUUAAGAAAAUAAUCAGUCGCUGAGUUUUCUAUGCCUCUGUCAUUUUUAUUCCUUAUUUAGUAUUCAAACCAGCUCCUCUAUUCAAAUGUCUGUUUUUACAGGCACGAUGUCGUGGGAUUCUUAAUCCUGUGGCAAUCCUUUCUUUCCACCAGACAUUUCUUUCUAAACAAAGAAAUGUUCAAAUAAGCUAUCAAACAAGAUGGUUGCUUUUGUAUAAAUCACACAACUUUGUUUAUAACAAACCCCAUUCACAGCAUUUUCACUGGUGACAUGUCCAGUAUCAUUCAAAUAUUAUGGUGUUCUGUGCUAAAUAUUUUAAUAGAUAUUUAAUAUAGAAAUCAUAAAGUUUUAGUACCAGCACAUGCCGUGCUACAGCCCUUAUUGUGGGUCUAGAAGUAUAUCACGGCUCUGACUGAUAAACCAGAUACCACACUUUUUUAUUAUUAUUAUUAUUUAGAAGUGUAUUUCC